AUGGCGCCGAAUCCUGUUCCCGCAAGUUUCUUGACUCGUGCCAAUGCCUUGUUCAGAAAGAACUUAACCUAUCAGAAACGGAACAUAUGGAGCAAUGUUCGGCUCAUUGUGAUCCCCUUGUACCUCUGCGUGGUUCUAUUGGGAAUUCAAACUCUGUUCAAAACACAGGUCAAUAACUCUUCUGAUAAUCUAUGUGGUUGCAAAUGCAUUGACGACAAAAGAAAUGACGACGGUAAAUGCGAAAGAAAGAGUUGCGGUUUAGAAUAUUCAACUCCAAACCAAGCCAUCUUUUGUGCUUUCCCAAACCCUCCACCAUUGCCUCCUUUGUUACAUAUUCCACCUUCUGUUGAUAGUGACUCGUGCAGACGAAGAACAGGAUCUUGUCAUGUAACUAUAUUUGUUACUGGGAAUAACCAUUCCCUUGGUGCAACACUAUCUCGGAAUCUGCUGCCUAAUUCUUUCGCGGUGAACUCAUCUGACAUUUUCUUGCGUGAUCUCGCUUAUAAUGCUGUGGGCACAACAUCAGAGGCAGUAGACACCAAUUAUCUUGAUCCAGGGAUUCAAUCAGAUCUUCCCAUCUUCAACAUCCAACCUCGGUGCACUCCACCCACUACAUUCUCAUUCUCAUUCCAACAAUCACCUCUCGAGUUUCAUAAAGAGGUGAGAUGUGUUCAAGGAUUGAAUCAAUGGCGAAAUAACUCAAUGGAGGUCAACGACGAGAUCUUCAAGGGCUAUCGGCAAGGAAACCACGAGGGGAUCACCAAUGAGGUCGUUGCAGCAUAUGAUCUCUUGGACACCGAUGAAAACAACUUCAAUGUGACCAUCUGGUAUAACUCUACAUACAAGAUCGAUUUACAAGAUAGGCGUGUAAAGUUUGUCCGAGUUCCUCGCUCAGUCAAUUUAGUUUCGAAUGCUUAUCAGCUUUUGCGAGGCCCAGGGACGAAGAUGUUAUUUGAUUUUGUGAAAGAAAUGCCUAAACAAGAAACUAGCCUUCACCUGGAUGUGGCGUCUCUCAUUGGCCCCAUUUUCUUCACUUGGGCUAUUCUUCUUCUAUUCCCUGUGAUCUUGAACUCAUUGGUGUAUGAGAAGCAGCAGCGUCUAAGAAUCAUAAUGAAAAUGCACGGCCUAGGAGAUGAUCCGUAUUGGAUGAUUUCCUACGCAUAUUUUCUCGUCAUAUCGACAUUGUAUAUUAUAAGCUUGAUGAUAUUUGGGUCAGCAAUAGGACUGAAGUUCCUCCGGUUCAAUGACUACAGCUUCCAAUUCAUUUUCUAUUUUCUCUACAUAAAUCUGCAAGUCUCCAUUGCCUUUCUAGUUUCCUCAGCAUUUUCAAAAGUUGAGACAGCAUCAGUUGUUGCUUACAUACACGUCUUUGGAUCCGGGCUCUUGGGCGCAUUUCUCUUCCAGUUUCUGAUAGAAGAUUUAUCGUUUCCAAGAGGCUGGAUUUUUAUCAUGGAGUUGUAUCGGUUCUCUUUAUACCGCGGGUUGAAUGAAUUCUCCCUAUACGCUUUUCAGAGAAAUGGGAGUGGGAGGGAUGGGAUGAAGUGGAAAGACUUCAGUGAUAGUGCAGAAUAUGAAGUUUUCUACAUCAUAAUCUUUGAAUGGUUUCUGACACUCAUCGCAGCAUGCUAUAUUGAUCGAGUUUCUUUAUCCGCCAAAGACGUUUUUAUAUUCUUGAGAAACCCUUUCAAGAAAUCUCUUUCUCCAAAAAAUCCUAGAUUGCAAAGGCAGAGCUCUGAAGUUACCGUGGAAAUGGAGAAAAUAGAUGUCGCUCAAGAGAGAGAAAAAGUUAAGCAAUUGAUGCUUGAGUCGAGCACAAGCCAUGCGAUUGUAUGUGACAACCUCAAGAAAGUGUAUCCAAGAAGGGAUGGGAACCCGCCAAAAAUGGCAGUUCGAGGGUUGUUUCUUGCAGUGGCUUCAAGAAAAUGCUUUGGAAUGUUAGGGCCCAAUGGUGCCGGAAAGACCUCUUUCAUCAACACGAUGACUGGACUUGUGAAACCAAUAUCAGGCGCAGCGUUUGUUAAAGGUUUGGACAUAUCCAAGAAUAUGAACAAAGUGUACACUAGCAUGGGUGUAUGCCCACAACACGAGUAA